AUGAACUUAAUGAACAUGGUAAAGCAGCCCAUGGAGCACAUCAAGAGACCAAUGAACGCCUUCAUGGUUUGGUCUCGAGGUCAGAGAAGACAAAUGGCCCUGGAGAACCCAAAGAUGCACAACUCGGAGAUCAGCAAGAGGCUCGGGGCUGAGUGGAAACGGCUGUCCGAGUCUGAAAAAAGACCGUACAUCGACGAGGCCAAACGACUGCGUGCGCAACAUAUGAGAGAGCAUCCAGACUAUAAAUACCGACCGAGACGCAAACCUAAAGGGCUCCUAAGGAAGGACAUGGUGCUGACUUUACCGCUUGUCGGCGAGAGGGACUCGGACAAACCACGAGAUGUUCAUUCAUCAUCCGCUGCUGCGCAGAAUCAAUUCGUGGAGCAGAGCCGCUCCAGCUGCACUGUUUUCCCGCACGAGAAACUGGGAUUUAGCCCUGGCUCUUUGGCUUUCUCUCCGGCUGGGUAUCAGGGUGCACACAGAUCUGUGGGGAGUUUAGGAUGCCCUGGCGGUCAGUUCGCACACACUCACCUGUCUCCGGCAAACCCCGGGUACCUGCUUCCCUGUAGCUGCUCGCCCUGGUCUGCCAGCCUCAAUCCUCCUCCGCUCGCCUACAUUGUGUUUCCAGGUAUGAGCAACUCUGCCAUCAACUCCACGAUGCAGUGA